GGAACUAUAUCAGCGGCGCGGGUGCUGCCGAGAGGCAUAGUCUGCGACUGGCAUCAGGAGCGGAACAUCGACUCGUCCGUGAUCGAUUAGUGCUUUGCUAAACAGCAGCGACAUGCCGGUACAAGAGGUCGAAGGCUGGAGCGUGGAGCGCAGCUGGGGUACCGAGACCAUGAGCGGGCCGAUGACCAUGAUCGGGCCGGACAAGAGGCGUGCGCAACCUGUACAGGUGAAGGUGUACCGCACGUCGCUGGAGCACUUCGCGGUGGUGUUCCCGCAGAAGAAGGUGUGCCGGCCGCUGGGCGUGGUGAACCUGCGGCACGCGACGCUGUCGCGCCUGGACGGCGACGGCGCCGGCGCCGCCCCCGCCUUCAGCGUGCGGCACAAGGGCUGCGACGCCGCCGACGCCAGCCUUACGUUCGUGGCGGCGACGGCGCGCGACCUGGACGCCUGGCUGCACGCCUUCAGCUCCCGGUCGGCGUCGCCCGCCGCGCUGCCGCUGCCCGCCGUCGCCGAAGACGAGGAGGCGUAGGCGGGCCUCCGGCAGAGGGCAGAGGGCGCCGGACUCGAGCGCCACCCGCGAACGCGCUUCUCCGCUGGCGGCGGCGGGAUCGCAACUCUGGCAGGGCACAAGCUGCACAACGUGCGUCCUGUGCACGAGUAUCUUGGAAACCCGUUGCCGGUGCUCGCAGAGUUGGUGCCGGCGUCGCUUUCUUCGGGAGACGUAGAGCAUGGAACCGACUGCGACGCCCCUCCGAGGCAUCGCAGGCGACGUGUCGGUUUCCACCCGUCGUCUGAUCCCCCCCAAGUACAAAGAAGACUGUCUCGUGUUGGCAGCUAUUCCACAAUCGACGUGAAGAACGACCUGUUUCCGUUCCUGUUUCAACCCACUCACUUCAUUCUGUUCUCGCCCAGUCUCCUAACUGCUACCAGAGAAAGGAAUCUGCACGACCGAACGCAAGUGUAUCUGCACUUUGCCAGAGACUGUUGCAGUUAACCUUUCCAGUGCCCCAUGAAAAUUGUUCACUGCAAAUUGCCUAUUAGCACCCACCCACGUGUAAAUAAAUGGAGUAGAAAACGUAUCAAGUGUUAAAGCGUAAGGAGUAGUUUAAAACUAUAAUAAUAACAACGGAACUGAUAUUAUAAUAUCCUUCUGUGCUACCUCCUUACCAGCUCACACGAUUAACAAACACUAAAACCUUUUCAAUACUUGACUAUAAUACGUUAACUCGUUUGCACUGGCAUUUCUGAACACUGCCGGACUCUUUUCUGAGGUGCUGGCCAUGUUCGCAAAAUUCUACAUAUAUAAAACGCUCUUUGCAACGAACUACAAAGAUAGUUUUCAUGUAGUGGGUAUAGUGAAGGCUAACCAGUAAGUUUUCGUGUAGACAGUACUGUAAAGUUUAAACAGAAUGGAGAGAGAUGUUGCAUGAAGAAAGAUCUUGUUUGGUAGAAGUAACCCUACACUCGUUUCGUGUAUGUAAAUUUGUUGCUGUGAUAAAACAUGGUUACUUUCGUGUUCUUUGUCUAAAUGUAGACUAUCUGUGAUAUAUAGUUAUAGUUCCUUUUUUAUAGUUAUUUGUAAUAAUGUUAUUGCAAAAUGUCGUAUUUGUGCACUCUUUCCUUCAGUUUCUGUAAAAAAUCACGAUUUCUGUAAUAUUAGCUAAAUUGUGAGUGUUAAAAUUCUAUCAGCAGUAUUCAGAAGUUAAGCUAAUCAGUGUGCAUGACCUGAGAAGUCGUGUAAUUUGAAUAUCCUUGCCUGUAAACCGUACAUCUGUUCUAUUUUCAUGAAACUGUUAAUAGCAGUUGUCCUUCGAUCUCUACUGAUGCCUAUAACAGAAGUUAAUACACUGUUAUAAAACAACUAUUUAGCGAACAGUAAGAGUGCUUUUGUUUUUUAUAUUUAAUUAAUAAACAAGUUUAAAAUUA